AUGUUGUUACCAAUAUCAAAUAAUGAAUAUUACUGUUAUUUUAUAGUAACAGUAAUUCAUGCUUUUUUUGGAUUAUAUGUUAUUUACACAACUUCUAAAUGGUAUAUUUAUGAAAGUGGGCAUAUCUCAAUAGAAUCAUCAUCUUACAAAAAAUGGAUAGGUGAUUGGAAUUAUGAUAAUAAAGAUACAGAAUGGUAUUCUACUAAAUAUGAUAUUUUACCAACAUUAAAAUUUUACUUAAUUCAUAAUAUAUUAUGGAAAAUUUUUUACAAAAUUUUUAAUCCUAAAUUGGCUAAUAUUCUUUUUGGACCUAUUUCUGCUAUUUUAAUAUUUUAUUAUAUUGAUAAUUCAAAAAUAUUUACCGUAUUAAUAAUUUUGGCAAUAUUUAUUAUAAGUAUAUCAUAUUUUAUUAGAAUAGAAUUUUUUGCAUGGAUUAUAUGUUGUUAUUUUAUUAUUGAUCCUAGAAUACAAAAUCAUUUAAAUAUAUUUCAUAUAAGUUAUUUUUAUAGACAAUUUAACUUUUAUACAUAUACAAUAGUUAAAAUUAUAAAUGUUUCAAUAUAUUUUUCAAGAAACAAAGAAAUUAAAAUAUCAUUUAAAUUAUUUUCAAGAAUUAUACUUUAUUUAUUUUAUUUACCAUAUUCAAGUAUAUUAAUUGUAUUAUUUGAUGAUUUCAAUAACCAACUUGAUAAUUUAGAAAAUAAAAAUCAAUUUAUUUCUAUUAAACAGUAUAUUAAAAAUGUUAUUAUUGGAGGUUUUCGUCUAACUUUAUGGUUUCUAAUUACUGAAAUUUUUCUUCAUAUAUUUUGUGUCAAUGAAAUUCAAUAUUUAAGUUCUGAGACAUUUUUUAAUUUAAAUGCACAUGUUUUAUUUGUUAUUGGAAUAUUUAAAGGUGCCUUUUUUUAUCUUAAAUAUUUAUUUAUAUUUGGAUUACCAAUUUAUUUUGCCAAAUUAGAUGGAAUGAUACCUCCAAGAAAACCUAUAUGUAUUUUUACAAUUGUAAGAUUUUCUAAUUUAUGGAGAGGUUUUGAUAGAGGUUUAUAUCAAUUUAUGUUACGUCAAAUAUAUAUACCAUUUCUACAAAUAAAUAGUAAAUAUAAUUUUUUAAAAUUUAUUUGUGCAUUUUUAAUGCCUUUUGUUUUUGUACUAGUUUGGCAUGGAACAUCAACAAAAUAUUUGAUUUGGGUAACAUGUUCAUUAGUUGAUUUAUUUGGUGAAAAAAUUGGACGUAUUUUUGGUGAAAGUCAAAAAUGGAAAAAUAUUACUGAAUAUAUUGGAUAUAAAAAUGCAUAUAGAAUAAAAGCUAUAGCAUGUAUCUUUACACUUAUUCCAGGACUUUUUGGAGUAUUUUCAUUUUUAAUUCAAGAUGGAAAUGCAGAAAAAAUAGCUUAUAAAAUACUUGUUCAAGGAACUUUACAAAUUUUUACAGGAGAAUGGAAAAAUAGUAUAUUAUCUCCUGGAUUUUGUUUACUUUAUCUUUUAACAUUUGGUUAUUUUUAUAGUCAUACAUGUUUGUAUUUUGAAGAAAAAGAAAAAAUUAAGCGCAAAAGAAAGUUAAAUGAUUAA